AUGGUCCCCACCAAGAAACCAACUGAAGCUCCCACUAUAGGCCCAAGCAGGACCCCCACCGCAGCCCCGACAAAUGCACCAACUAAAAGUCCCACCAAUGCACCAACAAGAACCAUAACCAAUGCACCUACGGCAUCACCAACCGAAACACCAACAAAAGUGCCCUCCAAGAGCCCAACUGUGAUCCCAACAGGGACCCCAACAAUGCCCCCCACGAAGGUACUUACUGAAGCUCCCACUAAGGCCCCAAGUAGGCCCCCCACCACAGCCCCUACAAUUACACCCACCAAAGUUCCCACAAAUGCACCAACCAGACCCCCAACCAAGGCACCUACCAAGUCACCAACAACGCCAUCCACGCCCCCAACUAGGACCCCAACAAUGGCCCCCACCAAGGUACCCACUGAAGCUCCCACUAAAGCCCCGAGUAGGCCCCCUACCAGAGCACCUACAAUUGCACCAACAACAACCCCAACCAAGGCACCUACCAAGUCACCAACGAAGGCUCCUUCGAAGGCUCCAGCACAACUACCCACGGACGCACCCACAAAGGCUCCCACAAAGGCUCCCACAACAAUGCCAACACCUGUCCCCUCCGCUGCUCCAACUCCUGUCUUUGGUGACAAAGAUGCUUUGAUUGCAGCCCUGGAACAGGGUGACUACUCUGCCUCAGGUCCUUAUGGCUCCAUUCAAUCAUGGAGUGUACAGGCAGUUGAUAACUUUGACUCUUUGAUUAGUAAUCUCACAAAUGUGGCUACCUUCAAUGGGGACGUGAGCAAUUGGGAUGUCAGUGGAGUAACUUCCAUGAACUCUGUUUUUUUAAAUGCAGCUGCAUUCAAUGUUCCACUGAACAACUGGGUUGUAUCGAGCGUGACUGAUAUGACAAGUAUGUUUUACAAAUCAGCUUUCAACUCCGAUGUUUCAAGUUGGGAUGUCAGCAGCGUCACAAGCUUCGAUAGUCUUUUCAGGGGGUCUUCCUUCAAUGCUCCACUGAACAACUGGGUCGUCUCCAGUGUCACUGAUAUGACAAAGACAUUUUGGAAUUCAGCUUUCAACUCGGAUGUUUCACGUUGGGAUGUCAGCGGUGUCACAAGCUUCUAUGGUAUUUUCAGAGGGACUCCCUUUAAUGGUGAUCUCAGUUCGUGGGAUACAAGUAGUGGUCAAGAAUUUCGGUCUGCAUUCAGUGCUGCUACAUCCUUCAAUGGUGACAUCAGCACGUGGGAUAUGAGUAGCGCAACAUCCAUUAAGGCUAUGCUCUAUGUGGCCUCUGCCUUCAAUGGCGACCUAAGUUCAUGGGAUACCAGUCGUGUUACAACCCUGGAAAAUGUCUUCUAUGGAGCAAGCUCCUUCAAUGGAGACCUAAGUUCAUGGGAUAUCAGUAGUGUGGAAAACUUGCAAGGGACCUUCUAUGAAGCAACCUCCUUCAAUUGUAAUCUGAACUCAUGGGACGUUAGUAGGGUCACUACAAUGUAUCAGACCUUCAUGGGUGCUUCUAUCUUUGACCAGGAUUUGUGUGCUUGGGGCCCCAAAAUAACUGGCACCUUUACUGUCACUCGAUGUUUUGAUGGUACUUCUUGUCCCAUGCCUGCUGUCCCUGAUCUGUCAGCAUCACCCAAGGGCCCCUUCUGCCAUGUUUGCCAGAGUCCCACAAAUGCACCCACCAAGAUGCCAACAAAGACUCCUUCCAAAGCACCCACCAAGAUGCCAACAAAUACUCCAUCCAAAGACCCUACCACUGCACCUACCAAGGCUCCCACGACAAUGCCAACACCUGUCCCCUCCGCUGCUCCAACUCCUGUCUUUGGUGACAAAGAUGCUUUGAUUGCAGCCCUGGAACAGGGUGACUACUCUUCCUCAGGUCCUUAUGGCUCCAUUCAAUUGUGGAAUGUGCAAGCAGUGGAUAACUUCGACUCUUUGAUUUGGAAUCUCACAAAUGUGGCUACCUUCAAUGGAGACGUGAGCAUGUGGGAUGUCAGUGGAGUAAAUUCCAUGAAUUCGGUCUUCAGAAAUGCGGCUGCUUUUAACAUGCCGCUGAACAACUGGGAUGUGUCAAGUGUGACUGACAUGAGAUCCUUGUUUGAGAGUUCUGGGUUCAAUUCUGAUCUGCCCAGUUGGGAUACAAGCAGUGUAACAUCAUUGCAGGCGGCCUUCAAGCUCGCUGCAGCGUUCAAUGGUGAUAUCAGUUCUUGGGAUACAAGCAGUGUUACCACCCUGUCAAACACAUUCUCGGGUGCAACUUCUUUCAAUGGCGAUGUUUCAACCUGGCAGACCCAGUCUGUGAAUACGCUGUAUGGAGUAUUUUAUGGUGCAACAGCGUUUGAUGGUGACUUGUCUGGCUGGCAAACUGGGUCUGUGACUGGAAUGUUUCAAUCUUUUAUGGGUGCUACUUCGUUUUCUGGAGGUGGAAUUGGAACCUGGGAUGUGUCAAAGCUUUUAAAAUUUGGCCAAGCAUUUGAUGGCGCAACCUCCUUUAAUGCCAACCUUUCCAAUUGGGAUGUUUCAAAGGUUACGCAUAUGUAUCGAGCAUUCGCAUAUUCAUCUUUCAAUCAAGAUAUUUCAAGUUGGGACAUCUCUUCAGCAGGGGCCAUGUAUUACAUCUUGUACGGAGCACCAUUCAAUCACAGUCUCUGCAACUGGGGAAGCAAAAUCAUAGCAACUGCAAAUGUUGGCGACAUGUUUACCGGUACAAACUGUCCCACAAAAGACAGUCCUGACCUUGCUGCAAGUCCAAAAGGCCCCUUCUGUCAUGUCUGUUCAGCACCCACCAUAUCUCCCACUAUAAUGCCAACCAAGACUCCAACCAAAGCCCCGACUAAAGCUCCUACCAAGGCUCCCACCAACUCUCCCACUAAAACCCCAACCGAUGCACCUACCAAGGCUCCUACCAAAGCUCCUACCAAGGCUCCCACCAAAUCUCCCACUAAAACCCCAACCGAUGCACCUACCAAGGCUCCUACCAUUGCACCAACAAAAGCUCCUUCGAACAUGCCAUCCAACAUGCCAUCAUCCGUCCCCUCUGCUGCUCCAACUCCUGUCUUUGGUGACAAAGAUGCUUUGAUUGCAGCCCUGGAACAGGGUGACUACUCUUCCUCAGGUCCUUAUGGCUCCAUUCAAUUGUGGAAUGUGCAAGCAGUGGAUAACUUCGACAAUUUGAUCGCGGCUCUUCCAAAUGUGGCUACCUUCAAUGGGGACGUGAGCAAUUGGGAUGUCAGUGGAGUAAUGUCAAUGAUCUCAGUCUUUAACAAUGCUGCAGCGUUCAAUGUUCCGUUGAACGAAUGGGUUGUCUCCAGUGUGACUGAUAUGAAAAAUCUGUUUUCGAAUUCAGCUUUCAACUCCGAUGUUUCAACUUGGGAUGUCAGCAGUGUCACAAGCUUCUAUGGUAUUUUCAGAGGGACUCCCUUUAAUGGUGAUAUCAGUUCAUGGAAUACAGGUAGUGGUCAAGAAUUCCGGGCUGUAUUCAGUGGUAAUAUUAUCUUCAAUGGUGACAUCAGCAUGUGGGAUAUGAGUAGCGCAACAUCCAUUCGAGCCAUGUUCUAUGGGGCCUCUGCCUUCAAUGGCGACCUAAGUUCAUGGGAUACCAGUCGUGUUACAACCAUGCAAGCUAUCUUCUAUCAAGCAAGCGCCUUUGGUGGUGACCUCAGUUCAUGGCCUAUCAGUGGUGUGGACAGCUUGUAUCAGGCCUUUAUGGGAGCAACAUCCUUCAAUAGUGAUCUGAACUCAUGGGACGUUAGCAGCGUCACUAGAUUGGAGUCGACCUUCAAUGGAGCAACCUCCUUCAAUGGUGAUCUGAGCUCAUGGGACGUUGGCCAAGUCACUACGUUGUAUCAGACCUUCUAUGGAGCAACCUCCUUCAAUAGUGAUCUGAACUCAUGGGGCGUUAGUAGGGUCACUACAUUGGAGCAGACUUUCCGCGAUGCAACUUCCUUCAGUUCUGAUCUCUCCAACUGGGAUGUUUCAGCUGUGGCAGAAUUGCGGCUGGCCUUCCGUGGAGCAACCUCCUUCAAUAGUGAUCUGAACUCAUGGGAUGUUAGUGGAGUCACUAGUUUGUAUCGGACCUUCAUGGGUGCAACUUCCUUCAAUUCUGAUAUCUCGAACUGGGUUGUGUCAUCUUCGACUACCUUCACUGAAUUUACCAGUGGUGCUUCUAUCUUUAACCAGGAUUUGUGUGCUUGGGGCCCCAGAAUAAGUCACGCUUGGUCCACCUAUCUAUUUUUUGAGGGUACUUCUUGUCCCACAACCGCCUUUACUAAUCUGACAGCAUCACCGAAAGGCCCUCUCUGCCAUGUUUGCCCCUAG